UUGUUACUCAUCAUAAGUGACUGCUGGCCAACCAUAAAUUAUUGAUUGCAGGGACUUAUGGAGGAAAUCAAUGUUGUCUUAAGUAGAAAGGAGGAUGAAGAAGAUUUAACUAAUGAACUAACACGAAUUGAUAUCAUCAAAUGUAUACAGUCGGAAAAAGUUAGAUUUCGAGGUGUUAAACUUUCUGGCCUUGAUCUUUCAAAACUGGAUUUGUCUUAUGUGGACUUCAGCCAUGCUUGUCUUAGAGAUGUAUUCUUCUCACGUGCAAACCUACAGUGUGCCAAGUUCCAGAAUGUGGAUGCUGAGGGUGCGAUCUUUCAUAAUGCAAUUUUGCAAGAAUGUGAAUUUACAGGGGCCAAUCUGCGCGGAGCUUUAUUAGCUGGUGCUAAUCUUAAGAGUGCAAACCUACAAGGAAAACUCUCUACACUCUGAUAAUCAUUAAGUAACUGUCAUUAGACACAUCAUCUUGAUCUUAAACAAAGUUUCGUUUCUUAUCAAAAACCAAAAAUGUCAUAUAUACAAUUU